GUUAGACGCAAGACGCCAGGCCUGCGCGCGAGCGGGACGGAGGCCACGAAUUUCGUCUGGAGGCAUCUUUGAGCGCGGCGAUUAGACACCAUGAGCAAAGCUCACCCUCCCGAGUUGAAAAAAUUUAUGGACAAAAAGUUAUCAUUGAAGCUAAAUGGUGGCAGACAUGUCCAAGGAAUAUUACGGGGGUUUGAUCCCUUUAUGAAUCUUGUGAUAGAUGAAUGUGUGGAGAUGGCAACUAGUGGGCAACAGAACAAUAUUGGAAUGGUGGUAAUAAGAGGAAAUAGUAUCAUCAUGUUAGAAGCCUUGGAACGUGUAUAAGCAGUGGCUGUGUUCGUCAGAGAAAGCAGUUCCUUCCACAUGUCCCCUUGCCACAGCAUCUUUUUACUAUGCUACAAAAAUUGGGUUGUGUACAUUUUCCUACUGAACUUUUUUGUUAAAUAAACUUUUGUAAUAGUCAAAAAA